UGUGUUGACGUUGAUCAAAUGUGGACCGGGAAUAAUGUAAUUGUCGUAACAGAGGAUGGAAAGUUAUGGAAAUUAAAUUUAAAAAAUAAUGAAGAACCAAAUGAAAUAAGACUUUCUGAUGAAAGCGAUAAUUUAAAUACAUUUUUCGUAAAUGUUGUUUGUGGAGAGAACCAUUGUUUGGCGUUAACUAAAGAUGGAGAAGUGUAUAGCUGGGGAUCUGGAAGAUUUGGACAGCUUGGACAUGGAGAAUUAACAGAUUCAUUAGAAAAACCCAUGGUAAUUGAAUUUUUUCAGGGAUUGCGAGUGAAAAAAAUUUCUUGUGGAGGAUGGCACUCAGCUGUAAUUACUGAUUCGGAUGAUUUAUACACUUUUGGAUGGAAUCACUUUGGGAGGUUGGGAAUUUUCUUUGAAGAGAGUUCAACAGUGAAUUGUGCUGAACCUUCGCUGGUUGAGUUCUUUGGAGAGGAUAACGAGGAAUUGAAUGUAUUGAAAGUGGCUUGUGGCAGCGCACAUACUGUUGUUAUUACUGAUGAUUUUAGAUUAUGGAGUUGUGGAUGGGGAAAGUAUGGACAGCUGGGUCUAGGCGCUGAUAAACUGAAUGAUAAUUAUAAAUUCGUUCCAAUAGAUUCGACUGAUUUAAGAGAUAAAAAAGUUUUAAAUUGUUCAUGUGGUCGUUGGAAUACUUUUCUUAUUAGUUUAUUUUGUCUUAAAUACUAUUCAUUGUCGACCUUAGCUUCCAGUUACUCGUUUUUCUCAAAACAAAUAAAAACUACCAAGAUUUUCUUUUAUAUUCCAAAAGAUUCAGAUAUGGUUCUUCGUGGAGAAAGAGGUUGCUUUCCGCAAUUCUGCGGACGUGGAAAAAGUCCUAUUAAUGAUAGAAAUAGAAAUUCACAACAAACUUCUGAAAAUAAUGAUCCUCAAACGAGUUCAUCUGUCGUUACUGACACAACUACAAUUAACAAUCUUCGUGAAGAAGUUGAUAUUAUCGUUGAAGAACCUUCGGUUGCACCUCCUACACCAUCAUCAUUAACAUCAACAACUCCUGCAUCUGUUGAUCAACAACAUCAGCCGGCACAACAAUCGCGACGUAUUAUUAUUAAACCUUUAUGGGAUAUUGAAGAUGAAAUUGAACUUGUUAAUUAUGUUUGUGACAAUUACGAAUUAUUGAGUAAUAACAGAAAAUUAUUCUGGAGAGAAUUUAGUAAAGAAUGUAGACAAAUUCUCCUUUAUCCAAAAUCUAUCUAUUCUUGUAAAUCCAAAUUUUAUGCCCUUGUCGCUCAUCAUCAAAAUGUUGAUUUAUAUGAUGCGAUUGAAAGAUAUCUUGAUCUGAAGGAAGAAACUAGUUCGUUUUCCUUUCAAAAGAAAUCUUUACGACCAGCUGCAGUAGCAGCUUCUUCAAAUAAGCCUCCGGCCAAUAUCUUAUUACCAAAAGCUUCAGGUGAACUAACUCGAUCUACUUCAUCGCAAGCGGUGGUUCUUGCUAAAACUUCUUUGGAAACCAAUAAGGUAGCAGAUCCGAAUCCAAGAGAAAUAUCCCUCUCAGUAUCGCCACAACACAAUAUUAGCUCCGAAGACGAUGAUCGUAGAUCAGGAACCACUUCUCCUACAAAUAAUUCAUAUCCACCUAUUCAAGAAAGCGUGUUUGAUAUUUUACCAGCAGAUAUUUCUCAAUCGGCUGUUUCCAACUAUGAUAAUCAUGCGGCAUCAUUGACAACUGUUCCUUCCACCUCUUAUAAUGAUUUCACUUUUUAUAUAGAAAAUAUUCGCCAGCAAAUCUUUGCCGCUCAAGAUUAUUUAAUCAGGGAAAAGUCUCGAGCUGAAGAUCGUAUUGAUUCGUUUAACCAGGUUCAUCAUCUUUUCAUCCAAUUGGAAAAUCAAUUGCAGAAAAUGAUGAUGAAAGAAUUGUAG